AUGCGCUCUUACGUGCUACUGAUCGCCGCCACGGCCAUCGCGGUCUCUGCCCAAACAGCUUCACAGAACGCUACCGUAGCAGCUUUAGCCGCACAAAUACCUGCCUGUACAACACAAUGCGAUGAUGCGGCUUUCGCACAGGUCGGCUGCGGCGCAACUGACUACGCCUGCCAUUGUGCCCAUGGCGCCCAGCUCCAGGCCAUCCUUCCUGGAUGCUUGAAGAACUCCACUUGCAGCGCUGAUGACCUAGCACUCUUCGCAACCAUCCCACCGAAGAUCUGCGCCGCUCUCAACUCUACUACGUCUUCUACCACGGCCGCGGGUGGCAACAGCACAGGGAGCGGUAUCGCCGCAUCUUCCGGUCUCCCAGUCAACAGUGCUAAUAGGACCACAAUCAUGACCAGUACCAUGAGCGGAUCUGCGGGUGGUAGCACAGUUACUAGCACAAUGGCUGUCACAUCCGGUGGCGUCGUAGCCACCAAUACCCCAGCGGGUCCAUCUGCGACGACUGGAGGCGCUGCGUCGUCGACCUCGAGAGCUGCGGCUUACACCCACGCAGCGAAUGGCUUAUUGGGGGUUGCAGGUGUUGGCUUGAUGUUCUUGGCUUUGUAG